AUGGACGCCAGUUGUAUUAUUCUCGGAUGCCUGCUUUUGAUACAGAUGGCCGUAAUCCUUGUCUUGCUGAACCCAAUUUACGACUUAAGAAGAGUAACUAAGUACAUGAAUAAUAUUACGAAACGUCAUAGAAGUUUCUGCUCAUUCUUAAUAGCAACAUAUUUCAGUUUCAUUUUAUACCAUGGAAUGUACAUGCCAUUGCAGGAUGUAUAUAAUUUAAUAGCGAACAAUUUCCUCAAUGAAUAUGAAAAAAUGGUGUUGCUCAGCAGAGUUGAGAAGAAUUAUCUAAUCGCUGGUUUUUCCCUUUUUCUUUUUAUUGUAUUAUACGGCAUAAGAUCUCUGGUUUCAUAUGCAUCGAGUCUUUUGGAACUAUCGAUAGCAACAGGAGAGUCGAAAGUAUUACAUCCAUCAUAUAAAUCACAAAAGAAAACAGUAUUUCUACCAGAACUCAUACUACCAAAUCUGCUUAGAGUGAAAAGGUCAGUAUCGUAUGAGACAAUAUUGUUUGCAAAAGAGCUCCGUGAGCAGCUGAAGACGAUAUUAAAAAACGCUGAAUUUUCAGACAAUAGCUGGCCUAUUUCAAAUAUCUUACAUACUGAUGUAAACAGCCUCUAUUCGAGCUAG